AUGUUUACGACUGACGAUGAUGAGGACACCGAGAGUGCUAUCUGGCCAAUUGACGCUUCCACGAGCACAAUCGUGGCACACUGGGUGAUCCUCCUGCUCACUAGCAACGGCACGGCAUUCACUCGCUCUUACGGGACGACUCUUGUCGUGGAACUUAUCUGGGAGAUCGAUAGUCUCCUCAAGAAGAACACAUUCAAGUGA